AUGACUACCACGAGCCGCGACGCUUACACUCCCCUCGAAUCGCUGUUCCUGCUCCGCGGCAUCGCCAAACACGGUCUCGACCAGCAGGCUUUCCAACGCAUUGCCGACAUCCUCCAGCAGAACCGCCUCAUCAAGACUGCGCCCUCGUACGAUGCCGCGCGGCUGAGGCCCGAGCCUCUCCAGGAGCUCUUCCUCCACCUGCUGUGGGACGAGCUGAAGCAAGAGCACGACACUCCAGGCCCCAAGCCCGAUGGCGGUCUGUCUCCGAACUCUAAAAGGCGACGGUUGCAGCCGCCGCCGCUGCCCACUCUGAGGGAGGCCCACCAAUAUGUGCCCAAGAUCGAAAGCCUUUACCGGAAACUCGAGCAGACCUACGUCAACCAAAGCCUCCAGGAGAUCGAACAGCACGAGAGACACUAUGAACGGGUUCAGACUGAGGUGCGCGCGUUAGAGCAGGCAGUUGCUCGGGGUGAGGAGCAGGAGAGGAGGGCAAAGAUUCCAGACGGCGUACCGGCUCAGGACGGUCCAGUGGCGGCACAUAAACCGAGUCCGGCUUUGGGUCCGAUUCCCAGUCCAGUUUCGGUUCAGGGCCCGGGGCCCAGAUUACCCAACGGCGCCGGUCACGGUCCUUCGCCAGCUGCAUCGCCGCGGAUUGCUUCUCCACGACUACCGCCGCCGCAAACUCAGUCUCCCCGUACUCCUACGACUCCCCAACUGCCGAUACCCACGCCUCCUCUGCCGCAACAACAGCAACAGCAACAGCAACAGCCACAGCAACAGCCACAGCAACAGCCACAGCAACAGCCACAGCAGCAGCAACCUCAACCUCAACCACAACCGCAACCGAUACAGCAACCGAUACAGCAACCGACACAGCAACAACAGCCGCCGAUUCCACCGCAGCUACCGCCCCAGGUAUCCGCUCAUAUACCGCCACGGCCCGAAGUCGUUCGUCAUGCCAGCGUUCCGUCUCCUACGACUCAGCUGCCACCCGUCAGGGCGAGUCCCGGCCCGUUGCCUCCUACCACGCUGCCUACGACUCUGCCUCCGACUACGACGGCAGCAUUACAGCCACAGCUGGUCAGCUCUCCGCGGUUGGGACAUCACAACAUUCCUCGGGGUCCGAUUACGUCUGGUCCUGGUUCUCCAAGGCCCAUGACUGCCGGUGGGAUACCACAUGUCCUUCAACCACCAGCUUCCUUCUCCCAGGCGCCUCCUCAACCACCCCAGCCACCCAAACCUCCCACUCCUACCGGGGGACUGCCACGGCUGGACGGUGUUGCAGGGCCUUCGAGACAGUCUCCAGUUCUUCCGCCUGCUCAUCACCCGGCAGCUACUCUUCCCCCACCGCAGCCAUCGAUCUCUGGACAGUCGCAGGGUGGGCAACUCAAAUGGGAGCCUCCAUAUCAACCACAAGCCGGGCAUCGUCCUAUCAUGGGCCCUGGACAGCAACAUCCCCAUUACAGCCCUAUGUCACAAUCCCCCCAGCCGCUGCACUCGCCUAGGCUGUCUUCGCAUCCACCACCUCAGCAGGUACAGCAACACCCAGUGGUAUCAAGGCCUCCUCAGCCGCCGCCUAUGAAGCCGCAGGUCUUGAUACCUCCUCAGGCUGGCCAACAUUAUGCUCCUCCUUUGCAGCCGGCACCUAUUAGGUCCAUGUCCGACUCACCUGGUCCGAGUCCUGUUCGGCAACCGUUGGCUCCUAAUGCGGCUACCGGAAUACCUAGGGUUAAUUACCAGCAGCAUCCCUCGCCGUAUCCUCCAUAUCACCUUCCACAGCAUUUGCAACAGGGUGCUGCGGUUGGUUCACCGCCGCAGUCGCCAUCCGCGAUUCCGCCGAGACUCACUCAUGGGCUGGCUGCCCCUCAGCAGCAACAAUCACCUCCGCCGCUGCAGUCACAACAGCAACAGUCACCUCAACACCAACCCCAGGCGCUACAGGCUCCUCCACCGUUCAGCCAGCCGGUCGCGGCGUCUAUGGCCCCGUCGCCGACUUUGGCACCUAUUCAGUCGGAGGUACAGAGAGCUUAUCCUUCGCCAUACCCAUCUCAGAUGCCACAGCUUUCUCAUCCACCACAGGCACAUCAGCUGCAGGCACAUCCACCGCAAGUGCCUCAUCCGUCUCCAGUAUCGCAUCCACAUCCACCGCCGACACACCAACCACAGGCGCACCCGCCCCAGUCUCCCCAAGCUCCUCAGGUGCCCCAGGUAUCACAGCCUCCUCAACCCCAUGCUCCUCGGGCACCACAGGUUCAUCCAACGCCCCAGCUACCGCACCCACAGCAGGCCCCCCUGCCCCAGGUUACCCAAGCUCAAUCCCCGCGGGUUCCGCCGAUCACUCAUGCUCCUCAGCCGCCGGUCGCCCAUUCGCCGCAUGUACCACAUCCACCGCAGCAGCAGCAGCAACAACAACAACCACAGCCUCCGAUCCAACAACACAGGCCGCGCUCACAUUCUGCUGUGACAACUCAUUCCGGCCCCAGGUUCAGUCCCAUUACUUCGGUCACUCAGACUACUCUGGUACCUCCCGCGAAAUUGAGCCUCGGCAGUGGCACCAAGUGGGUGUCUACAGCUAGUCCUUCUACCCCUAAGCUGCCUGAUGUGCGAUCUGGCGGUGAUGAAAUUCGGCCUCCUGCAGUUGAGCCGCUUAGCCCCGUACAGCAGCCUGCAGUUUUGCCAACGGCCAGACAAGACCCGGCCAGACCUUCUCCGGCUCGGCAGCCGACGGGUGAAACGGUCAGACCUAGAGGAAGCGCCCCUCUAGUUGGUCCCCAACCUACUCCGGCAUCACAGGCUCGUCAGCAAGCAGCUCAGAAGGUGUCGAAGCCAGCGGAUAAACCAGCGGCAGCUGAACAGUCCAGUAUUGCUAAAGACCCUGCCAAAGACCCGGAACCGGCCACCACUGUUAAGAAUGAGGUGGACACGCCCCAGGCUACGAUGGACACAGGCGAUACCACAGCCGACGAAAGUGUCGCUGGUAAACGUCAAGCAGCUCGUCAAGCGAAGCGUAAACGGGAUGAGCUAUCACCCAGUCCCUCCGCCACUCCCGCCGAGCCCACAACUAAUGGUAACGCAAUCCCUGCCAACCAAAAAUUCGACCAAGAAGCGCCGGUGACAACGUCAGCGAUGGCACCACCGGACGCCAACAGGGUCCUCUGGAGCCGUGGUUUCCACAAAGUCAGCGCCUCGGCCAUGGAACAAAUCGUCCGCCACCGGUCCGCCAACAUGUUUGCCGCGCCCAUCCGCGAGAAAGACGCUCCCGGUUAUCAUAAGGUGAUACUGCAGCCUCAAGACCUCAAAUCCAUCCGGGCCGCCAUCGCCCACGGCAACCGUUCCGCUACCCAAGCCGCCGCCGCUCUACCUGGUGGAGACCCAGGCCAUAUGUUGGUCUGGCUCCCACAAAUGGAAGAGCUCGUCCCGCCCAAGGGUAUCAUCAACACGGCCCAGCUGGAUCGAGAGCUUGCACACAUGUUCAGCAACGCGAUCAUGUACAAUCCCGACCGCUGGCACGGGCCUGGCAGUUCCUUCCUGGCAGAAAGAGAGGAAAGGGCCGAUGACAAUAACCAGGCAGGUGGCCACGGUCAUGGGCACGGUCACGGCCACGGCCAUCCGGGUGAUGUGCUUGGGUACAAGGUUGAUGAGUUCGGCGUGGUCAAAGACGCGAGGGCAAUGUUCUCGGAGGCUGAUUCACUGUUGGCCGACCUGAGGGUUGCGGAGGACGGGAGGAUCAAGACGAUGAUGGAGGAUGGGACGCUGCAGAUGGCUUCGAGUGGAAGUGGAAGUCAAAGUCAGGAUCAUUCUAGGUCGGCGAGUAAGGGUGUUGAGAAGGCUGAAGAAGGACAGCAGAAGGAUAAGCCUUUUGAUGAUGACAAGAAGGAGCAAGGCAAGGAUGCUGAUGCUGAUGGUGAUGUCUCGAUGGUUGGUGAUAAGGAGGAGGACGAGGCGGCGAAAGGGGAUGAUGGGAAGGUUAUAGAUGAGGAAGCAGAUGGAGAAGGGACGGCUACUGAAGCUGAGACUGCUGGUGGAAGCAGUAGUAAUCCGAGCAAGAGGAGGAGGGUGACGAGAGGGGAGAAGGGUUAA